GUCUGAAGGUUGGCGCAGAAAGUACCAAGUUAGAGAGAGAGAGAGAGAGAGAGAGAGAGAGAGGGGACCACGACUUCAUCACAAAUAAAAGUGAAUGUCUUUUACUACUUCCUUCAUACCCAUCUCUUUUGCCUCACACCAAUCCAUGUACUUCAACCCUUUCUUCAUAUUCUCCCUUUUCAUCGUCCUCUCCUCUGAAACUAAAGGUAGAUAAAUAGGGUACGACCCGAAAGCUCUUAAAUUCCAACCUUACACACACACUAACACAAUCAGCAAGCGAGAGCAGGAGCAGGAGCGGGAGCGGGAGCGGGAGCGGGAGCGCGAGUGCGAGCGCGAGCGAGAGAGAUGAUUUGUGGGAAGAAGGAACUAGAAGAAGCGGAAAGCUUCCAAGAACAACUACUGCUCGAACAAUUCCCAUGGUCUCUCCCUCCGAUCCACUACUCCUUCAAUCCGGCCCACUUCGACCCGAACCCGGUCCACGACCACAACCCAUUUCUUCUCCCCCCAUCAGUACCGUCACCGUACGGGGGAUUAUUAUUCAGCAGAGGAUCGUCGGAGCACGACCACCUCAGGCUGGUAUCGGAAGCAGUCGGUCACGCGGCGGCCCAGUACUCCAGCAGCUCGGCUCCGUUCGGGCUCCAAGCCGAGCUGGAUAAGAUGACUGCUCAGGAGAUGAUGGACGCCAAGGCUCUAGCUGCUUCCAAGAGCCACAGCGAAGCCGAGAGGAGGCGUAGAGAGAGGAUCAAUAACCACCUCGCUAGGCUCCGCAGCUUACUACCCAACACCACCAAAACGGACAAAGCUUCCUUGCUAGCCGAAGUGAUACAACACGUAAAGGAACUCAAGCGCCAAACUUCCCAAAUCGCGGAAACAAGCCCCGUCCCGGCCGAGGUCGACGAGUUAACCGUCGACGCGUCGGACGAGAACGGCAGUCUCGUCAUCAAAGCAUCACUGUGCUGCGAAGACAGGUCUGAUCUACUGCCUGACCUCAUCAGGACACUGAAAGCUCUUAGACUCAGAACCCUUAAAGCCGAGAUCACAACGCUCGGCGGACGUAUGAGAAACGUCUUGUUCGUCACGGCAGAAGAAGAAUCAAAUGGCGACGAAUUCGGGGACCAACACAGACAGGAUUACUCUGUGAGCUCAAUUCAAGAAGCGUUUAGAGCGGUCAUGGGGCGGAGGAAUGGGGAUGAGUGUAGUACUAGUUCUGGGGGUGUAACUAAGAGACACAGAACAAAUGUGAAUAUGGUUGAAAACAGGUCUCUUUAAAUUUGGUAGAGACCUCAUGAGUCUUCUUGUAUUUUGGGUUUGGCUUCUCUUCUUUUGUGUGGGUGUAUUUUAUGCCACGUAGCACUGGGAUUAAGAUUGUCUCUCGUGUAAUUUUUCAUGUGACGUAGAAUGAGAAUCAUUGAACUUAUUUAUGAUACGAAUCAUAUAUUUCUCA